AUGGCGGGCUCGGACGUGCUCGAGGUGCCGCGGGGCACGAUGCGCGUCUUCAUUGUGCUUGCGCUGCUCUUUUCGUCGGCGAUGGUCGUCCCCCUCCUCAUCUACUACUGCAACCGCCAAUCGCCCUCGAUUCGGUAUCGGAACCCCAACUUUAUCUCGAUCGCAGCGGUCUGGGCGUCCAUCUACAGCAUCGCGCGCUGCGCCGUGUCGCUGAAUCCUGACAUGAUUAGCUGCACGAACCUCGCGUUGCUCUUUGGCAUUUCGCUCCAAACGACCCUCAUGUCGUACUUGCUCGCCGAAAUCAUGGUGGUGCUCACGUUCAACCUCACGGAGCGCAUGACCAAGUACUCCGCCCAGCGCGAUUCCCAGCGGGCCGCCAUUAGCCGGCUUCAAUGGCUGCUUCGACGCAAGCAUGUCACGUAUAUGUGGCUGGGCAUCCAGGUUCUUUGGAACCUUCCGAAUUGCGCGCUUGUGCUCUCGGGGCCCGACUACUCUCGCUUCAACGGCACCAACUGUCCGGACGAGCUCCGACUGCGCGUGAUUCCAUUCAAUAUGGCCCAAUACUGCUGCAUCGCGAUUGGCACCUUGGUGCUUUCCCGCGCGAUGAGCCGCGUGGUCGACAACUUUGGCGUCCGCAAGGCAUUUCAAAACAGCUCCCGCGCCAUGUGUGUGUUUGUCGUGUGCUAUCUGCCAGUGUCGCUCUUGUACGACACGUCGUUCGUGCAGUCGACGCACCUCGAGCUCUUCAUCGUGGUCGUCGGCGCCCACGUCAUCGUGGUCUUUCACGUGUUGGGGCCGAUCCGACAAGCCUUUCGCGACCGCCCGUCGUCGUCGUCGGCGUUCAAGGGCACAUUGGGCAUCCUUGAAGCCUUCUUGCACACCGACGAGGGGUACAAGGCGUUUACGGCAUUUGCCAAAGGCGAGUACGAAGUCGAAGUUCUUGUCGCGUGGCGAGCGCUCGCCGACUACCGCGGCGAAGCCAGAGAGGACUUGUCGGCGACCGAUAUUUUUGACACGCAUCUCGGCCCAAACGCCCCGUUGCCCGUGCAUCGGUUCGUCCCACCGCUUUUGUUGCACCGGUACGAGACGGCCUUUGCGGGCAACGCCAAGUACGGCGUCCACCCCGACAGCGCGCAAGACCCCAAUUUCUUCAACCCGCUUCACGACGCCCUGCUGUCGUACAUGGUGCACACGACACUGCCACGCUUCCAAGCGCACGAAGUGGGUGCGCAGAUCUGGAGGCCGUUUGUGCUGCAGUACGAGACGCGCCUCGCGCUCGACUUGGUGCUGCAAAAGCAAGCCGAGCCCGCGACCCAAGUCACCAAAUUUAGUAUGCCCAACCGCAAAAUUCGACUCGAAACCAUUCAAAGCUUGGGCAACCUCGGCAGCGCCGUCUUUACGGAAAUGUCGGUGGCCGAGCGCCGGCAACCCGCCAACCUCGUGCACCGAUCGAGUACGGUGCCAUUGACCGCUGCGGCCGCCGCGGCGCUACGCGGCGACGACGCGGGUCCAAGUCCCGAUCUCGACAUGCCUGUCCCAUUUGGAGGCAACGAGCCGACACCAUUACCGAUGCGACAGCCGUCCAACGAGAGCGUAGUACGAUAGCAACAACCAUGUUCUCACCUUUCUCACGAUGCCACGUUUACAAACAAAACAACAUGUAGCAUUAGUAGGGCUGUAGACGACAAGUUCCGUUCUAAGGGUUCUUCUUGAGCGGGUUGAAGUGCUUCUUGAGCGGCUGCCAGCACUUGUAGUAGUCUUGUUCGUUCUGGUCGCACGUCAGCGCG